UCUUGAAAGAGUUGAAGAUCUAAAGUCGAAGACAUUCCUAGUGCAACAACAAAUAGAUCUAAUGCUGGUUUGGAACGAUAAACAGGAUACAAAUUUUACAUUUAUUUGAAGUGCGAUCAGAAAGAAUAGUGGAAAUAGAUCGUUGAACUGAUAUAUUUAUAUAAAUAUAUAUAUUGCGUUUUUUUGUUGGGUGAAUUCGUUGUUUUGAAUUUCGUACUUAUUUGAUCGUUGUCUGGUGAUAAUGCCCAUCACUGUUGCCAACGAGGGCUUCAAAUUUCAAAGUAGCAGCAACAACAACAGCAGCAGCAGUGGAAGCAGUGGGAGCAGAAGCAGCUCCAAUGCCACAUCUCCGGCCACGCCUCCACCCACAGUCCACCAUCAUGUGAAUGUGGAUCUGGUGGACGCGGCUCUGGCUGCCAUGGAGGUGCCAACUGGAAAGCGUACUGGGUGGCAGGUGCAGUCAUCGUUUCUGGCGCGCCACACACACAACAUGAUACGCGGCAUUGUGGAGUCACUGAAGAUGAAGCCCAAUCCCGAGAAGCCCAUGAUACCGUUGUCCAUUGGCGAUCCCACAAUUUUUGGCAACCUGAAGGCGUCCGAUGAGACAAUGAAGGCAGUGCUCAAGGCGGUGGAGGGCGCCAAGUUCAAUGGGUAUGCCGGAUCCAUGGGACACGAUGCUGCACGCCAGGCCAUCGCCAAAUACAGUGCACACCAGCGUCCGGAUAUGGAGAUCAGUCCUAAUGAUGUGGUCAUCACCAGCGGCUGUUCGGCCGCCCUGGAAAUGUGCAUUCUGGCGUUGGCCGACCGGGGCCAGAAUGUAUUGGUGCCGCGUCCAGGAUUUUGUCUCUAUAAAACACUUGCCGAGGGCAUGAACAUCGAGAUACGAUAUUAUGAUUUAUUACCGGACCAGGAAUGGCGCGCCGACUUGAAGCAAAUGGAGAGCCUUAUCGAUGAGAAUACGGCGGCGUUAUUAAUCAAUAAUCCAGGCAAUCCAUGCGGCAGUGUCUACGAUGCAGACCAUCUGAAGCGAAUGAUCGAUAUAUGCGAGCGCCACUACCUGCCCAUCAUAGCGGACGAGAUCUACGAGCACUUUGUCUUCCCCGAUGUGGAGUAUGUGGCAAUUAGUAGCUUAACACAUGAGGUGCCCGUUCUCACCUGCGGGGGUCUGACGAAGCGCUUCCUGGUGCCGGGCUGGCGCACUGGUUGGGUGAUUGUCCACGAUCGGAAGCAACGACUGGGCGAUGCAGUGAACGGUUUGAAGAACUUGUGUGGCCGUAUUUUGGGAUCGAAUACCAUUGUGCAGGGCGCUCUGCCAGACAUUUUAGUCAAAACCCCGCAGAGUUACUUCGACGGUGUCAUCGAACUGUUGCAUUCCAAUGCUCUGAUGGCAUACAGAGCGCUAAAGAAAGUGCGAGGACUGAAUCCAGUAAUGCCCAAAGGUGCCAUGUAUAUGAUGAUUGGUAUUAGCAUUGAACACUUUCCGGCCCUUAAGGACGAUGUGCACUUUGUGCAGGAAAUGGUGAACGAGCAGAGCGUUUUUUGUCUUCCCGGCAGUUGUUUCCAGUGUCCGAACUUUAUUCGCAUUGUGCUGACUGUCCCGGCCGAAAUGAUCGAAGAGUCCUGCGUCCGGAUUGCCGAGUUCUGUGAACUUCACUACAAGAAGGACACUCGUGCAUUCAUUGAGCACUCAACGUUGUUAGACGGAUCUGUAAACUUUUAGACUGUCGAGGAAAUUGGACGUGGUUGUAUGGUGGAGCAAUUCAUUUAUUAGAUGAUCUAAGCUAAUGUUAGUUUUGUAUUGUAUAUAUAAAUAUCUAUGUGUACAAGACAAGUACAAUAUAUCAAUCAUUAUCUAUAUGUCGUA